AUGGCUCAGGCCCGGGUCACGGACUUUUUCUCCCAGCGGAAGAAGGGCGCCGCGGGGGCUGCCAAGCAGCAGGGCCCCGGUGGGGGGGCCCCCAGCUCCAGGACCCGGACCAGGACCAGGUCCACGGCCAACAAAGACCCGUUAAUCUGCUCCUCCGCGGUCCACGAGGAGUUCCUCCGGGUCAUCGACGAGGCUGCGGGGCUGAGUGAUGGCGGCUGCCGGCUGGAAAAGGGGCUCCCGGAGAGCCCCCGCACCCCGAAAAGGAGCUCCGAGGAGGGGGAGGGCGACCUGGGAGAUGCCGGGUUUACAGCAACCAACGACCGGUGCACGGCCAAGAAGAGACGGCAGGUCGAGAACCGGGAGACUACCGCCAAAAGCUCAGCCAGAAAGAGACUCCUUCUUCCGGACAAGCCUCAGUGGAAGUGUUCGGACCCCGGAACCUUUGUUGACCCCGGAACCUUUGUGGACCCAGACCCUGUGUUCGGACCCCGGAGCCUAACCUUUGUGGACCCGGACCCUGUUUGGACCCCGGAUCGCAGAGCCCGUGUUAGGACCCCGGACCCUGUUUUUACCCCGGUUUGUGCGGACGGCAGCAUGGCUCAGGCCCGGGUCACGGACUUUUUCUCCCAGAGGAAGAAGGGCGCCGCGGGGGCCGCCAAGCAGCAGGGCCCCGGUGGGGGGGCUCCCAGCUCCAGGACCCGGACCAGGACCCGGUCCACGGCCAACAAAGACCCGUUAAUCUGCUCCUCCGCGGUCCACGAGGAGUUCCUCCGGGUCAUCGACGAGGCUGCGGGGCUGAGUGAUGGCGGCUGCCGGCUGGAAAAGGGGCUCCCGGAGAGCCCACGGACCCCGAAAAGGAGCUCCGAGGAAGGGGAGGUGGACGAAGGAAAUGCCGGGGUUUCGGCCACCAACGACCGCUGCACGGCCAAGAAGAGACGGCAGGUCGAGAACCGGGAGGGUACCGCCAAGAGCUCAGCCAGAAAGAGACUCCUUCUUCCGGACAGGCCUAAGGCUCUCUGUAAGGAGGACAUCACGGCCCUCAAGUCUCGCCUUCAGAGGAUCCAGAAGCAGGCAGAAGGGGCUCCAGGAUCUGCCCCCUCCUCCUCCCCUUCACCUCCUGCUCCAGCCUCCCCCACCCAUGCCCCCCCGACGGUUCCCAGGGCCUCUGUGGCCGCGGCCAGAGAGCUGGCAGCCAGAGUCCAGAGGAGGAAGGAGGAGGCCCAGAGGAGGAAGGAGGAGCGGGGGGUGGAGGAGGUCCAGAAGGCUGCAGACAGCGUGGAGCGGCCGGCCUACCAGCGCUACCACACUCUGGCCCAGGCCGUGGCCCCCGGCCUCACCCUGCCGCUCCACUACCGAGUUCUGGCCGAGAUGUUCCGCAGCAUGGACACGGUGGUGGCCCUGCUCCACAACCGCAGCGAGACCGCCACCUUCAGCAAGAUCAAGCAGGCCGUGCAGGACAUGAUGCACAAGAGGCUUCUGGAAGGAGGCCUCUGGAAGGAGGCCCUCUGGAAGGAGACCUUUGAAAGGAGGCCUCUGAAAGGAGGUCCUCUAGAAGGAGACCCUGUAGAAGGAGGCCUCUGGAAGGAGGCCAUUGGAAGGAGGCUUCUGGAAGGAGGCUGUGCAAGAGGACAACAUCUGGAGGGAUUCUAG